UCCAAUCUGAUCUGAAAGCCUCCUGUGACGUAAUCCUCUCCGUUUCAAUAUGGCAGCCAGGCCCUCGUCUAGAGGUCUCUGUAAAUAAAGACAUUUCUACGGUGUGUUCAGAACUAAGCGCUGUGUUUAUGUGUAGUCAUCGAUGACCGCUGGCCGUUAAGUGUUUCAGAGGUCCUCUCGUGGGAAUGUCCUCGGAGGAUGUGAUUUGGGCAGGUACUUUGGAUGUUUUACUGCUCUAAGGGAUGAAACUUUACGCUAUGAGCCGGCAGUAAACGUCAGUUGUGUUACUUCAUAAACGCACGUGCACCAGAGUGAUGGAGAGUGACUGUAGGAUCCCCAUGGCAUGUCUGAGACCCCGGAUCCUGGCCCUGCAUGCUUUAUUCUGGGGCUUAGUGUCUCUUAGAGUGUUUGGAGCAGCUCUUCUUAGCGAUGAGAAGGCAGCAGUUGCGGUGACAAAGGCAGUGACAGCACCGUGUUGGCAGCAUGAGGAGUUUGUGGUGGCUAAAGAGUGCAGUUCAUGCGAAGGUUUGCAAUCGAAAACUAUAUCAGCCUGCAGCCAAACAGGAUUUGUAGAAAAGAUCAACUGCACCAAUUCUAACAGAGAUGAAUACAAGAGCUGUCGCUCUACCAAAAUGGAGGAGCAUCUCUUCUGGAAAUUUGAGGGUGCAAUGCUGGCUCUCACUGUUGUCUUUGCAAUACUAGUGGUCACUAGACAACACUCACUUGACCGCCAAGCCUCAGACAAGGUUCGGCGACAGAUCGAGUCUAUUUAGUAGAUCGGACUGCAUUAAAUACUAAUGGGCCUGUGGCCUGGUGUUAUAAACUCUCAGCAAAGGGCAUAACCCCACAGUUCAUGGAAGCUUCCAGACUUUAUCACUGGUUUUAUCUUACUGGACGCACAAAGACGAAGCUCUGAACGGACACAGUGUGCUCUAACUCCCCAGACUGACAUUACUUGUGGAUGCUGCUUCUGUGCAGGAUUUAACUAACUAGAUGUGAAUCUCAAGAUCAUCCCAUCAAAUCAGCAAACUUUAUGCAAGACAGGAGUCUAGGCCCUAUUUUGUAACUGAAGAUGUACAGAUCUGUGUACACCUGUUCUUUUAAAUGCUGUGAAGGUGAUGUGUGUAGAACAAGAUAUGAGUAUGAUGCAUGUUUUCAAUAAUCCAAAAGCACAUGAAGUAUUUUCUCAAGCCGAGAAUGAACUAUAUGGUCAAAGUCUUGAAAGAAUGUAUGAUUUAGUGUUUCUUCACAAUGGGUUUGUUUGUCAGG